AUCUACGCGGCGUCUACAUCACAUCCUGCACCGGCCAAGUCGUGAUGCUUCGGCAGACUGCGGUGUGCAUCACCGACGCCCCCAGCCCCUCCAUGCUGCGCAGCAUGUACGGACCCAUUUUUGUGUUUCUCGGCACGGUCCUCUCGCUGCUUGUUGUCUACAUGGUCGGCAAGCGCCUUCUUCUCGGACCGCCAACGCUCACCGACAACACGCUCCGCGCCACGUGCAUCAGCUCGGGCUACUCGCGCAUGGACGACGACCCGGUCGAGUACCGCAUCUCGGUCUCGCUCGACCUCGACACCAACGACCUCGCAAGCCGCCUCCGCAACGAUGACGCGCUCACGGCGGCACACAAGCUGCAGCUCAAAGACAUUCGCAAACUCAAACUCGUCAGCGCGACGCCGCUCUACACGACGUACGUCGCCCAGCACUUGGCGAUGAAGGCCGACAUCAAGGUGCUCACGCCGACUGCAUCGCCGAUGGAGACACUGGCGCAUCUGAGUGGCCUCGUGCACGAGAUCCGCGUCCUCGCGCGGCUCUCGCACCCGAAAGUGGUGUCGCUCCUCGGAUACGCGGCCUCGUCGUCGCUCUUGGACUUGACGAUGGCGACCGAGUUCAUGUCGUUUGGGUCGCUGGCCGCCAUCUUGUCCGAGCCCGCGCUCAAGCAGACGUUGGAGUGGACGCCGACGUCGAUCCACGCCGUGCCCAAAGUGCAGCUGGCACUGGACGUCGUGUCGGCGAUCGUCUAUCUGCAUGGCCUGACGCGGCCGCUGCUGCAUAACGCCUUGUCAACGAACGCGGUGGUCGUCUCGAGCAAGUGGGAAGCCAAGGUGUCGGCGUUCGCGCACAGCUCGUAUGUCGACGACGCAUCGUCCUCGACGACGACGACGACGGAGCUGCUGCCGAGCGCCGUGGCGAUGGACGCCCCCGAAGUGCAAAGUGGCGGUCGUCGGAGUACGGCAUCGGAUAUGUAUUUGCUGGGCCACGUAUUGCUGGCGCUGGACGACGGUGACGAGGCGACGUCGACGAUGCCGGAAGCGAUUGCGACGAUCGUGGCGCGCUGUGUGGACACGGACCCGACACAUCGGCCGACGGCGGUCGAAGUGUGUGAUAUUUUGAAAAGCUUCUCGGACUAA